AUGGACGUCCUCGGCGUGGCAGACUGGUGCGGUAGUGAGGACCAAGACCCACGCGUCUGGCUCGCUCCCACGCAGGCUUCUGGCACCUGCGAGGCACGCGACUCUCCUGCGGACUACCCAGACCACUCGCCCUGCUCCAGCGCGGGAUCUUUCCACGAAAGCGACUCCUCGGGUCACCUCAGCCCUCCGAGCUACAGGAAAGCGCCCUCCAGUCCGUCCCGCUCCUCCACGCUCAAAGUCCGGGAGCUGUGCCGCCUGCAGGGCAUCGUGGUCAGCGGGGCCGAGGAGGAUGCGCCGCAACGCGCCCCCUCGGGCAAGCCCGGCAACGGCGUGCAGAGGCAGAGGCGAGUGGCCGCCAACGCCCGGGAGAGGCGACGCAUGCACGGCUUGAACCACGCCUUCGACGCGCUCCGCAGCGUCAUCCCGGCCCUGGACGACGACAAGAAACUGUCCAAGUACGACACCCUGCAGAUGGCGCAGAUUUACAUCAACGCGCUGGCGGAGCUCCUGCAAGGCCCCGCGUCGCCCUGCAAGGGUGAGGGGACUCGCCCGGGGCCAGAGGGCCACCUGGCCGCGCACAUUGACGCCAUAUCUCUGGGAGCGGACGUCUCCUCCUCCUCGCCCUCGUCGUCCUCCAGCACCCCGGCCCCGCGGUUGGAGUCUCCCCGCAGCGACGGAGAGUUUUCCCCGCACUCCCACUUCAGUGACUCGGACGAGAUGCUGGUGGAGCUCCAGUCCAGUGAGGAGGACGAGCUCGCUGAGCUGAACUUGCCCACUCAGCACAUUAUGUCUUUCUAAUUUUUUAUUUUUGUUGUUCUCAAUAUUUUUUAUCAGCCCAUCAUCACCUGUGUCAAUCACCUCGCAGCCAGUUUUGCUUCAAAAUGUAUUUUUAAAUUUUUUUUGCAUAAAAAUGAUACAAUUUCCCGUUACCAUAGAGACGUCUCAUUGCCAUUUUUGCUCCCAAACCCCCCCAAAAAAAAUCUUUCACAAUUUUUGUAAAUUUCUUUAAUAUUUUUGUUUGCAACUCCAAAAGUUUAUG